AUGUUCUACAUUCCCAAAUUCAUAUCUGAUGAGGAGGCGACAGCCAUUCAGGACAAGGUCGAAGUUAUUCAACCCAGCAUUCAUCAAACCAUUCCCUCAAGACUGACGGCAUCGAAUACUCUGCUGGCAUCUCCACUACCUGACUGGCUCUCCAAGCCAGUGGUGGCUCGGAUCGAGAAACUUGGCAUGUUUGCAUCGGCUCCUCAUGGAAUCAACCACUGUCUCGUCAACGAAUAUCUGCCCGGUCAAGGGAUCAUGCCGCAUGAAGACGGUGCGGCGUACUUUCCAGCAGUAGCAACCGUCAGUUUGGGCGGGUCUGUCGUCCUGGAUGUCACUGAAAAGGAAACCGAGUGCGAUGCUGGCGAUCCGAACAGGAAGCCUCGACAUUGGCGUAUAUUGCAGGAGCCCAACUCUCUACUUGUUACAACGGAGUCUGCUUACAUCAAUACCCUCCAUGGCAUUGCAGAUGUGACAGAAGAUCACAAUCUGAACGCCAACAAUGUCGCCAACUGGGAAUUGUUGGRAGAUGCAUCGACCUUUGAACAGCAACAAGGCAAGAACCAACGCACGUCACGAAUCAGUCUCACCUACAGAGACGUCAAAAAGGUCUCCGCUAUUGGCAACAAGCUCUUUGGGAAACGAGCGUGA